AUGAGUGAAAAACACAUUUCAAGAGCCCAGCAACUCAUUCCUGCCAUAGAUCUCAAGGUCAUUUCACAGGGGGCUGAAGCUAUUGUAUUUCAAACCAAGACUCAUCCAUACUCAUCUCACCCGUACUUGAAAAACCAUAGCCAAUUCAUUAUUAAGUACAGGCCGCCCAAGCCCUACAGGCAUUCCAAAAUUGAUGCUCAGAUUACCAAAACGCGAACGGCAGGAGAAGCCAAGUUUAUGUACAAGUUGAGCAAAUUGGGGAUUGCGUGUCCUGCGUUGAUUUCUUGUGACUUGAACAAUGGGAUCAUUUGGAUGGAGAAUUUGGGCAUUGACUUGCCAAACGGAAAUGUAAGCUCAGUGAAGAACUGGCUUUGGUACCUUGAAAAUGAAGGACGAGAAGAUGAUUGCACUAGUGAUACAGUAAAGGAGGUUUGCUACAAAGUUGGUCAAUUAAUAGGCAGGUUACAUCUUGCAGAUAUGAUUCACGGGGAUUUGACUACAUCGAAUUUAAUUCUAACAGGUUCGCAAGACUUAUGGGAGCCUGCAUUGAUAGAUUUUGGGUUAUCAUCGUUCUCGGGUUUAGCAGAAGACAAAGCGGUCGACUUGUAUGUACUAGAAAGGUCAGUGACUAGUACUCAUUCAGUAUUUGCCAAAUUAUACAACCUGUGGUUAUUAGAUGGGUAUGAGUCUGCUCAUAGUUUGAAAGAGUACAAGAAGUUUGGAAAAGCUAAACACACAGAAACGAUCAAGAGGUUGGAGGAGGUUAGACUUCGGGGUAGAAAAAGAAGCAUGUUGGGAUAG